CGCCCGACCCGCACCCGUCAGCUGGUGUGCAGCAGUGAAGGGAGCACGACUCGUGGCCGAUACCGAUAGCGCGCCGCGCCGGUAUCUCUGGCGUCGCUUCGCUGGUCCUGCCUGUGUUCCAAUUCCGUCUCAAAAUGGAUCUGUUGAACGCGUUUUCCGAAAAGUUUUGGGACAAAGACAUUUGGCUUCCGCCGAAUGUAACGUGGGCCGACUUCAAACCCAACGAUAAAUAUGUCUAUUGCGACCACCGUCACCUCCUGUACCCUUUCCCUAUGGCAUUGGUGAUGUUACUCUUGAGAUUCGCAUUUGAAAAGUAUUGGUUAGCCCCCAUCGGAAUAUCUCUUGGUAUCAAAUAUAAGAGGGCAAAGAAGGCACCCCCAAAUGAUAUUCUUGAAAAGGCACAUCAAUCAAAGGAAAAGCUGAAACAUAAACAAAUCACUGGUCUUGCCAAGCAACUUGAUUGGCCUGAAAGGAAGGUUGAGCGCUGGCUUCGUGUCCGUCGAACUCAAGACAAGCCCACCACGCUAGUUAAAUUUUGUGAAAACAGCUGGAGGUGCACCUAUUACGUAUUAUCAUUUACAUUUGGCAUUUUUGUUUUAUGGGACAAGCCUUGGCUCUGGGAUAUUAAGCAGUGUUGGGUUGGCUACCCUCUGGAACAAAGUCUUACCAAUGAUGUCUGGUGGUACUACAUGAUAUCCAUGUCAUUCUACUACUCUCUUUGCAUAUCUCAGUUUUUUGAUGUGAAACGGAAAGACUUUUGGCAAAUGUUUAUCCAUCACAUUGCAACUGUAACGUUGAUGUCUCUCUCAUGGGUUUGCAAUCUUUACCGAGCUGGCACCUUAGUCUUGGUUGUUCAUGACUGUGCUGAUAUAUUCUUGGAUGCAGCUAAGAUGGCAAAAUAUGCAAGUUUAUCAAAAAUCUGUGAUAUUCUUCUUGGAGUUUUUACAGUGUUGUGGAUUGUCACAAGGAUAGGAAUCUACCCAUUCUGGAUUAUAUACAGCACGUCCGUGACGGCACCUGACAUGGUGGCCAUUUUUCCAGCAUACUACAUUUUCAACUCUCUUCUGAUCCUACUUCUGGUUCUACAUGUUAUUUGGACCUAUCUCAUUCUUCGAGUUGUUUAUAAUUCAAUUCUCAUGGGUUCGAUGGACAAAGACAUUCGUAGUUCAUCUAGUGAAGAGUUAUCUGAGAGCUCAGGUGGCUCUCAGUCGUUGAAGGACUGAGUCAUUAUGCAUUAUUUCAUCAAAUUGCCUGCAUUUACAUGUUGAAUAUCCUAGUAUAAAAACGCUAAUGAGUAGGGUACAAAUAUUUCAGUGUUGCAGUUUCAUGAUGGAGAUCAUUUCUUUUCUUGAAUUGCUUGUAUUUCUUAUAGAAACUUUAAAAAAUUAUCCCCAAGUUCAACACAACUUUGCUGUUCGUAUGUGGCAUGUAAAAUGUUCCUUUAAUAAAAUUUUAAUGUAUCCUUUAGAGAAACUGCGUCAUUUAAAAUUUUUGCUGACUCAAUCAAAAUAUUGCAUAUAUUAUAUAUUGCAAAAUUUGAAGGGUUUUUGCUCAUAUGAAGCUUCUUAACCAAUUCCAAUUUCGGGCAUUUUUAAAGUAUCAUUUAUAUGAUCUCAAAGGCAGCCAGUAAUGUAAUAAAUAGACUGUUUACUACCACUAUUGCCACAGUUAUAUUUUUUUCUUUAGCUUUACAGUAGCUACAUUUUUUUUAAUUCCAGUUUCUCCUCAUUUUGACAGUGUAUGUUGUCUGAUACCGUUUAUUUUACAACAUUCCAUCUAUUUUCAAAACACCUUUCAAUUUCUUAAUAUUCUGCCCUCCAUCAUUAAUGUAGAGGAAAGUUGUAUUAGAAACUUUAAUUUGAACAAUAACAAUAUGGGGAUGAGCAUCUAGGUUUACUGGUCACUUUUGGAAAACAUUUUUUUGCCAAAAAUGAUUUUGGUUUGGUGCAGUUGUGUAUGAAAAUGUUAGUGAUUAAGGGUCUAAACCUGUAAAAUCCCCCCCUCUUCUUUAAGCUGUUUUAUGCCUUCAGCCCUGCUAAAAUAUGUUUCUCUUUCCCAUCUACAGCUCCAGCCAAAUUACUGUUUUAGCUGAUAAUGUACAAUUAAACAAAUCAUCCAAAUCUUGUUUUGAAUAAGGAUGUAAAAUUGAAAGUAUCUACUUAUUGAAUCAAGUAUUGACCUGGUGAUUUAUAUUUAUAGUGAGAACAAUGUUCCAUGGAGAUUAUUACAUUAUUUCAGUUUCUGUGCGGAGAGAACAAAAUGUUACCUAGUUGCCUUUAGAAUUUUGAAACUGUUCUUAUGGAAGUUUAAGAACGUCUGCUCUGUUCUGUGUUGUUCAUAAAAAUAUUAAUCUAAAAAAAAAUCUGAGAUUCUGCCGUGUAAGUCAUACUUUUUGGGGUGAAAAUGUUGUAUUAGAAUAUGAAGUCUUAAUAUUACGUAUUCACCUGAGUCUAAGACCCCUGUUUAAAACCCCUCCCGCUUUUAAAUCGUCAAAUUAAGAAAAAAAAAGAAGAAAUGUCUAACUUAACGGGAGGCGCCGACACGUGUGUAAAGUGUAUUUAAUGUGUUUCUGGGCUUCUGAAGUGUUCGGGACCCUCCUUGGCUUAACCUCGGCGUAUUAGAUCCCCCGCUACUUCCGCGAUGAAUUUUCGGGGGGGGGGGGGGGGUUAGACUCAGGUUAAUGUGUAAUUCUUGUGGCCUACUAAAGGUUAUUGAACUAAUUUCUCUAAAUUUUUGUCACCUGUCUUAUCCUCUUACUCCAUUUAUCAUUGCUGGUACACCACAGCUUGGGUACUGAAGGACUGUUUUAAACCAAAAGCUUCUUCAGCUUGCGCUAUUAUUUAUUAUCUAGUAUUGUGGAAAUAGAUAUUAAGCAGGUACAUUUUGAAGAGUAUCUUAACUUUUUUUUUUUUUAGCAAAGUGCCAUUUUCUUUGUCCUGGCUGGAGGGAUGCCAGUUUUGUGAUUUAAAUUUAACAAUUCUAUCUGUUUUAACCUUUUGAAAUGAUUCUUAUUAUACUUCUUGUUUGCUUUUAUUGUACUAAUGAUACCUGUGCAAAGAAAUUGGUAGGCAAUUGCUGAAGAUUUAGUCAAAAACUGCCUGAAAUUUUCCUACUUUGAUGAUUGCAACUGAGACAAGACUUGUAUUUAACUGCUAAUAAUGUCUUGCUAUCCAAACAUAUGGUUUGCAGUUAAAUUAAAAUAUUUCUUUUAAAUGCUUUGCAUUGUGCCUUAGUUCUAUUUUUGAUGUUUGAAAUGUUUAUAAUGUUUUGAGGUUGUUGAUGACCAAAGACCAUUUGAUUCAUAUUGUCUCCUACCCAACUCUACUGCCACUCUGUUUUUAGUUGGAGCUUAUGUCAGAAAACAUCUCCUAGCUUCAGGACUGUUAUGAGACUUGUCGUGCAUCUGUAAGAUGUAUCUGUAGUUCGUAAGUAAUAAUUUUCUAUUGAGAUUGUCAGCUGUAUAGCACCCAGGUUUAAUGGUUGGUUGACAAUUCGUUUCAUUUGUGAGUCUUGCUCUAGUUUUUAAAGCAUGAUGUGCUCUGACGAUCUUAGCUUAAAUAAUUAUGUAUGUUUUUAAAUAAUUAAUGCAUUAUAAUGAUGUUGCAACGCCUAAGUUUGUACAAGGCUAUGCUGUUGAAUUCAUGACCAUAUUGGUUGCCUCUUUCAAGAACAUGAUUACUGAAUACUUAAAAAAAUAUUAAAUAUGACUGCUGUGAUAUCCUCUUAUUUAGUUUUUUUCUUGCUUGGUAGAGUGUUAAGGGUUUUGCCCUUAAUCAUUUAGAUUUUGGAAACUGCAGUAUUUUGUAUUUGACAUUCUAUGGCUUGUCAUUUUACUUACUGAGAACAAUCACAACAUUCUGUUUUAAUUAUUACUUGUACAUUCAAUGUUUAUCCUGUAGCUUUUUAACUUCAUUGCUGGCUUUUUCAUUAAGUUUGUUUGUCACAUGGUAAAGGUUUAAGUUAUCAUGGUCUUCACGCCCACACUUUUCCUUUUGUGUGGCACCUUUGUUUGUGUUUCAUGAAUGAAAACUGUCCUGUAUGUAUGUAUGACUUGAUGCAUGGCUUUCACACUGAACCUCUAAUUUUUGUGCUUUCAGCCACAAACUUCUAAUUUAUGUGGCUUGUCUGUCUAUAGUCCUAUUUUGUGAACUCUUUCUGCAAAUUAUUUUCUAAAUAAAUACUUCACUAAAAUUGA